GUUCUUCAGUUUGUGGCUUGUGUUUGGUGCUAAUAAGUGGUGGGCUUUUAUGAUUCUCGCUCAUACAGAUUCUAAAGAAACCAAAGAAGCAAACAGGGUUUCAGAUCGUUUAUUAAUUACUGCACUUCAUUUGCUGAUUUGCUGAAGAGAACAAUAUCGUCUGCAAAUCUUGGAUUAUUCAGGAUGGAGGAUCUCGGGUUGAACUGCAGCGUGUGCGAGGAACGUUUCAGCGACGAAUGCCCGCCGAAGAACCUGGGUUGCGGACACUCCCUGUGCAGUAAAUGUGUAACGGAGGUGCUCGCCAGGGACCGAAAAUGCCCCGAGUGUCGCCACUUCUUCAUGUCCAGCAACACUUCAGAUUUCGUGGUGAACUACCCGUUGCUGAGGAUGGCUCGCAUCCUGGCUGCGACGAGUCUGGGGCUUCAUGCCGAUAUUAAUCUCAACACUUCGAACCCCGCCAGCGCCCCGCAGCCCAACGCCGGGGAGUGUCCGGCUCACGGUUCUCGAAUGUUCUUCCGCUGCAUGAGAUGUUCGGUUUGGGUAUGUCGCGACUGCGUGGUGGUGGACCAUCCUGACCCUCCCAGAGGACUCUGCAGGAUCCUGGCUAUUUCGGACGCCUUAGAGGAAAUGAAGAAGUCUCACAAGGUUCUCGUGAACGCGAAAGUCAAGGCGUGCCACAAGGCGAAGGAGUCCUUGGAGAACAAAGUGUGCGACCUCCAGGCAGCCCAGAACCAGCAGCGGGACACGGCCAACAGAUUCCGCUCACUUCUGGUCGAAAUCAACGCCAACCUCAAAGAACUCAAGUCCAAGAAGAUGGAGGUUCUCAAGAAGAUUUCAGAGAUCGACUCUAUGGUAGAAGCCGUGAAGCAAACGGGGGAGAGUGUGGAACAGGCUGCCACGAUAGACGAGUACACGGCAGCCAUAGAGGACACGGACGCCUCUUUAGCGGCCCUUGACAAGUACAUUGCCGAAGAUACACAGGAAAUCCCAGCUCUACUGAGUAUGCCUGUGCUCAGCAGUCAGACCCUCGUAGGACUCUUGGACGCAGGGACGAGCAUCUUCGCGACCUCGGAGAAGGAAGGGCAACCCAGGUGGGCGAGGCUCACGCGGCAGGACGACCGGCUGCAUCUUCACGCCCUGCGAGACGGCCUUCCGAGGGCCGGCUGCUUCACCUUGCCUUACGACGUGAUUCGCCAACUUGUGCCUCGCGAUUCUCCUUCGAUCUUCAUGGACAUCGGCUGGACUGGCCUAGUGAGAGGACGCGUCUACAUCCGCAUGUUCGGCGACACGCCCCGCAGCAACCAGACCGUCUACCUGUGCUCUGGGGAGAAGGGCCCCUCGUACCGCGGCACGUCCUUCUAUAAGGCGCACAAGCUCGACCAGCCCAUGGAGAGCCUGCGCGGAGGGGACUUCGAGAACAACGACGGCACGGGCGGGCGGGCCAUCGUCGACGGGAUAACAAGCGGCGGCGUGUACUAUCGCGAGAUCGCGGCCGGUUUGUUCGUCAGCUGGCCGGCGCACGAACUAUGGCACCUCGGCUCUUUCGACAUAUACUUAAGAGAUUGCCCCGGGGUCUUUGAUAACUCGGCCCAUGGCAUCGUCACGUCUGGCCUGGACUUGCUCCGUCUGGCCGCGAGACACAAACCCAUUACAGAUACGUCUGUCCAAGACUGUGGCCUUAUCAUACCCAUUUCAAGCUCUACAUAACGAAGAGUGAUGCUUUUCUGCUUUUAAUAUAUAUAUAUAUAUAUAUAUAUAUGUAUACAUUUUAACAUAUGUGCAUAUGUGCAUAUCUAUACAUAUAUAUGCACAUAAAUACACACACACACACACACACACACACACACACACACACUCACAUAUAAUAUAUAUAUACAUAGUAAAAUGAGAGCGUUUGCUGCUAACAAGAGCUAUGCUAUAUUAUCAGUUAAAGUGGUGAUUUCUGCAUUUAGUUAUAACACGCAUUAUUACUGAAUUGUUUGCUAUUUGAUAUUAUUAUUGCUUGUAGUAGAGGUAUUAUGAUUAUUGUUGAAAUCAUCCUCAUCAUCUUCAUUAUCAUCAUCAUCAUCACCAUCAUCAUCAUCAUCAUCAUCAUCAUCAUCAUCAUCAUCAUCAUCAUCAUCAUCAUCAUCAUCAUCAUCAUCAUCAUCAUCAUCAUCAUCAUAAUUAUUGUCAUCAUCAUCAUCAUCAUCACUACCAAUGUUUUACCGCCAUUCUAUAGAGAAUAUAUACCUAGCCUUAGCAAUAAUAUUUUCACGAACAUUACCCCUGAAUCUCUAGAUCAGUGGAUCCCAACCGGUAGGUCGCGAAGCCUUGGGGAAAAAUAUUGGCUAUCUUGCCCAUAGAGAUUAUGUUGUGAAGCCGCUACUUCAAGAAUAUAAAUAAAGUAUGUACAGAUUGA